AUGAAUGUCUUACCAGCGCAACCUAUUGGGAUACAAAGCACAGCAGGUGCUGUGCCCAUACGAAAUGAAAAAGGUGAAAUUUCUAUGCAAAAAGUGAAAGUACAAAGAUAUAUAUCAGGCAAGAAACCAGAUUAUGCUCAAGGUGUGUCCUCAUCUGAGGAAUCUGAUGCUGAGGAUUUUAUAGAACAGCAAAGACCAGAGAAGAGGCAUCAGAUUGCUCAAAUUGUCAGUCGAAAAGAAGAGCCCCCAAGUGAUUCAGAAAAUGAAGUUGAUGAUCCUCGCCUGCGUCGUUUACGUGAUGCAGCGCAUUCACCGCAGCGGCGUGCAGAGCACAAGCCCGAGAUCAUUGAUGCUGAGCCAGAGCCGGAGUCGGAAUCCAGUGAGGAAGAAGCUAAGCACAGCUCUGAAAGUGAAGAUGACUUGGAUGAAGAAGAAAUUGAGAGACGCAGACAGGCUGUAAAAGCUAAACUCGCUGCUAGGGAAGCAGAAAAAGAAGUUCUUGGCAGAGAUGAUGACGAGGAAAUGUUAGAUGGUGAUAAAGAAGAAAGUGGUUCAUCUGAUACAGAAUAUACAGACAGUGAAGAAGAUACUGGACCAAGAGUGAAGCCUGUUUUCGUUAGAGCGUCAGAGAGAAUGACAGUAGCGGAAAGAGAGCGCAAGAUGAAGCAACAGAAAAAAGAAGAGUCUGAAGCAAGAAAGGAGAAAGAGGAUAAGAGGCGGGAAGCUUUAAAGUUAGUUGAAGAAACCAUUCGGUCUGAACAGAGAAAUACACAGGCUGAACACAAGGAGGGCAACAUCAAUGAUGUAUGCACUGAUGAUGAAAAUGACGAGUUAGAAUACGAGGCAUGGAAGCUUCGCGAAAUGAAACGGAUUAAACGGGACAAGGAAGAAAGGGAGGCUGUAGAAAAGGAGCUCUUGACAAUUGAACGCAUGCGCAAUAUGACAGAAGAAGAGCGACGUAUUGAGCAGCGUCUUAACCCUAAGGUCGUCACUAACAAGUCUAUGAAGGGCAAAUACAAGUUUUUACAGAAGUAUUAUCACAGAGGUGCAUAUUAUUUGGAUAAAGAAGAAGAGGUGUUCAAGCAAGAUUUCUCAGGGCCUACUUUGGACGAUCACUUUGAUAAGACUGUUUUACCAAAGGUGAUGCAAGUGAAGAAGUUCGGCAGAUCAGGUCGAACAAAGUACACCCAUCUGGUUGACCAAGAUACUACAGAGUUCGACUCCGCAUGGACCAACGAGAACUCUGCCACCAGGCUAGCGAACUUCCGCGGGGGUAUGAAACAGGUGUUCGAGAAGCCAACUGCCAAGCGAAAACAUACUGUUUAAUAUAUAAAGUUGUAAAUAAAUACUGAAACUACGGACAACGAAAACAGAUAAUUUAAGAAAUCAAAAAAAAUAUAGUAGAUUUCAGUACAUGCGUGUCUAUUGUGAGAGUUCCUACCAAUUCGAUCGCUUGGACUAUAUGGAAUCAAACUCUUUCGAUCUCUAUCUAGUGACAUUAAGUUUCCCAAUAUUGUAACUAGAUGGCGCUCUUGCGAUUCUAUACUAAUCGUAGUUAAGUAAUAGCUAGUUAACUAAACCGAAAGAAUAUACUAUGGAAAAUCUUACACACGGCACUGUGUCCUUUUUCUCUAGCUAGCGAAUCAGAUAUCAGUAAAAGCUUCUGUACAUUAAUUAUCUCUCUUUGUUGGCCUUAGUAUUUUGAAUUUGGUACUUCA